UUUCGAUGAUUUUCAUUUCUUCGCCAUCUCGGACUCUCUUCUCGGCAACCAACGUCACCAUGACCACACUGGAAUAGUAUUUGAACAGGAUGACCUCCCCUUCACGUUCCCCAAGUCCGAAAGUCCCCCAGUGUCCCAAUGGACUCUUCCACUUUCCCACUGACUCUGCCCUCGUCACAGAUGCAGAUGAGGACGUGAUGGAAAUUUACAUGUGCCUCGCAACCAUGUCCGACAACACGGAUAAACAAGACAUCGGUAAAAGCUCUGAAGGACUCGGAUAUCUCGACUUGACCCGAUCUGUUCUUGAACUGCAACUCAAUCUUACAACUGUUUCAACAAAAGCAGUAGAAGAGGUAGAGUCUUAUCAUCAGCGGAAAGAUGCGAGGUCGAGAGGGAAGAGGGGGAAGAAGAAGGGGGUUGAGGAAAAUAAAGGGGUGCAAAGUGUUGAAGUCCGGUUACAGCAGGAUCUGACAGCUUUGAAGGGGCGUAAAGGUGAUACAGGUAGUGUUCUCUGGCGAAGCUCGCUCUAUUUGGCUCAUCACAUCCUAUCUCAAUAUUACCACCCUUCCACCGACACUACCCCUCUAUUGGACCCAUCAUUGCUAAAGUCGAGCCGUAUACUAGAGCUUGGAUGCGGUACAGGUCUGCUAGCCGUUCUAUUGAGCAGGAUAUGCGGACAAUACACCGCAUCCGAUAGGUUGGAGAACCUCAAACUCGUUCAGCGGAAUAUCGAGCUGAACGGUUUGACCGUUGGCGAUAGUAAAGCCAACACUCUCGGUUCUCUUCAAAAGUCAGUAAAACUGGAAGAAAUUGAUUGGGCGCAAGUGUCUGAGGAUGGCAAGAAACGAAACUCUCGACCUGAGCCGCAAAGGAACCAUGAAGAGUACGAUCUUGUGCUUGCAGUGGAUUGUAUCUACAAUGAAGCGCUAGUAAUCCCUCUUAUCGAUACCUUUGCUCGAUAUUGCCCAGUCGGUGGGCGGACGAUGGUCUGGGUGGUGGUAGAGUUACGCAGUGCGGACGUUAUGAGCACGUUUCUGGACAGCUGGUUGCAAGAUGCGAGUGGUCCAUGGACGAUCGUUCGAUUGGGCGAGGAUGCUAUGGGGGAUUGGGAUGGGAGGAGACCACGGUGGGCUGGAUGGGUUGGAUGGCGGUGAGACUCACUACAUUGCAGACAGUAGGGAG